AUGGCAAACGGUCGCUCGUCGCAGGAUGAGCGUAAGCUCGAGAGUGGCUCUCCUGCCCCCAAGGACAACGGUCUCCACCCCGGCUUCUACAUUGCCCUGUGGAUUGCCCUGAGUUCCAGCGUUAUCCUGUUCAACAAAUGGGUUCUUGCGAGCGCCAAGUUCACGCUCUUCUUGACCACCUGGCACAUGGUGUUUGCCACGGCGAUGACCCAGAUUCUCGCCCGGUUCACUACCGUGCUUGACUCCCGCCACAAGGUCCCUAUGAACCCGGCGACCUAUACACGCGCCAUUGUGCCCAUUGGUGUCAUGUUCAGUUUGAGUCUGAUCUGUGGUAACUUGGCAUACCUCUACCUGAGCGUUUCCUUUAUCCAAAUGCUUAAGGCUACCAACGCUGUCGCAACCCUGUUGGCCACCUGGGCUUUCGGAAUCGCUCCUACCAACUUGAAGACUCUUGGCAAUGUGUCUCUCAUUGUUGUCGGUGUUGUGAUUGCCUCAUUCGGCGAGAUCAAGUUCGAGAUGGUCGGCUUCCUCAUCCAGAUUGCGGGUAUCGUCUUCGAGGCCCUCCGUCUUGUCAUGGUCCAGCGUUUGCUCAGCUCCGCCGAGUUCAAAAUGGACCCCUUGGUCUCUCUUUACUACUACGCCCCGGCCUGCGCUGUCACCAACGGUCUCGUCACCCUCUUCGCUGAGGCUCCCCGUCUUACUAUGGGUGAUAUCUACGGCCUCGGUAUUGGUACACUCAUUGCCAACGCACUGGUUGCUUUCCUUCUCAACGCUUCCGUUGUUUUGCUGAUUGGCAAGACUUCUGCUGUUGUCCUGACCAUGGCUGGUAUCCUCAAGGAUAUCCUCCUUGUCGCUGCCUCCAUGAUCAUUUUCCGCGACCCCGUCACUCCCCAGCAGUUCUUCGGUUACUCCAUUGCCCUGGCUGGUCUGGUGUACUACAAGCUCGGUGCUGAGAAGUGCCAGAGCCUUGCUACCGAUGUGCGCCUCCAGGUUGGUGAGUACAACCGCAGCAACCCUGCCCGCACCAAGGCCAUCCUCAUCGGUGUGCCUUGCAUUCUCAUUCUGCUUGUUCUCUACAGUGGCAGCUCCGCCCCCGGUGCUGCUACUCAGGUGACUCACUAA